CGCGCGGCGCGGGGCAUGGAGCGCGCGGGGCAGCCGCAGCGGCCGCGGGACCAGGACUCGGUGGAAGCGUGGCUGGACGACCACUGGGACUUCACCUUCUCUUACUUUGUUAGGAAAGCCACCAGAGAAAUGGUCAACGCAUGGUUUGCUGAGCGAGUUCACACCAUCCCUGUAUGCAAGGAGGGCGUCCGAGGCCACACGGAAUCUUGCUCCUGCCCUGCACAGCACAGUCCCCGAGCAGACAGCAGUGCCCCUGGGACACCAACCCGGAAAAUCUCUGCCUCUGAAUUUGACCGGCCUCUUAGACCCAUUGUUGUCAAGGAUUCUGAGGGGACGGUGAGCUUCCUGUCUGACUCAGAAAAGAAGGAGCAGAUGCCUCUAACCCCCCCCAGGUUUGACAAUGAGGAGGGGGACCAGUGCUCAAGACUCUUGGAAUUAGUGAAAGAUAUUUCUAGCCACUUGGAUGUCACAGCCUUGUGCCACAAGAUUUUCUUGCAUAUCCAUGGACUCAUCUCAGCUGACCGCUACUCCCUGUUCCUGGUCUGUGAGGACAGCUCCAAUGACAAGUUCCUUAUCAGCCGCCUCUUCGAUGUGGCAGAAGGUACUACCCUGGAAGAAGCUUCCAACAACUGUAUCCGCUUGGAGUGGAACAAAGGCAUUGUGGGGCACGUGGCUGCCCUGGGGCAGCCCCUCAACAUCAAAGAUGCCUACGAGGAUCCUCGGUUCAAUGCAGAAGUUGACCAAAUUACCGGCUACAAGACACAAAGUAUUCUUUGUAUGCCAAUUAAGAAUCACAGGGAAGAGGUUGUUGGUGUUGCCCAGGCCAUCAAUAAGAAAUCCGGAAACGGUGGGACAUUCACUGAAAAAGAUGAAAAGGAUUUUGCUGCUUAUUUGGCAUUUUGUGGUAUUGUUCUCCAUAAUGCUCAGCUCUAUGAGACUUCACUGCUGGAGAACAAGAGAAAUCAGGUGCUGCUCGACCUUGCUAGCUUAAUUUUUGAAGAACAGCAAUCAUUAGAAGUGAUCCUAAAGAAAAUAGCUGCCACUAUUAUCUCAUUCAUGCAGGUGCAGAAAUGCACCAUCUUCAUAGUGGAUGAAGACUGCUCCGAUUCUUUCUCCAGCGUGUUUCACAUGGAGUAUGAGGAAUUAGAGAAAUCAUCAGAUACUUUAACAAGGGAACGUGAUGCCAGCAGAAUCAAUUACAUGUAUGCGCAGUACGUCAAAAACACUAUGGAACCACUUAAUAUCCCAGAUGUCAGUAAGGACCAAAGAUUUCCCUGGACAAAUGAGAACACAGGAAGUGUUAACCAGCAGUGCAUUAGAAGUUUGCUUUGUACACCUAUAAAGAAUGGAAAGAAGAAUAAAGUGAUAGGGGUUUGCCAACUUGUUAAUAAGAUGGAGGAGAAUACUGGCAAGGUUAAGCCUUUCAAUCGAAACGAUGAACAGUUUCUGGAAGCUUUCGUCAUCUUCUGUGGCUUGGGCAUCCAGAACACGCAGAUGUAUGAAGCCGUGGAGAGGGCCAUGGCUAAGCAGAUGGUCACCUUAGAGGUGCUGUCCUACCACGCCUCGGCUGCAGAGGAAGAGACCCAAGAGCUCCAGUCUUUGGCGGCUGCUGUGGUGCCGUCUGCCCAGACCCUAAAAAUCACGGACUUCGGCUUCAGCGACUUCGAACUCUCUGACCUGGAGACGGCCCUGUGCACCAUCCGCAUGUUCACGGACCUCAACCUGGUGCAGAACUUCCAGAUGAAACACGAGGUUCUUUGCAGGUGGAUUUUAAGCGUGAAGAAGAAUUACCGGAAGAAUGUCGCCUAUCACAACUGGAGACACGCCUUUAACACAGCCCAAUGCAUGUUUGCUGCCCUGAAAGCAGGCAAGAUCCAGAACAAGCUGAGCGACCUGGAGACCCUGGCGCUGCUGAUCGCUGCUCUCAGCCACGACUUGGACCACCGCGGGGUGAACAACUCGUACAUACAGCGAAGCGAACAUCCGCUCGCCCAGCUCUACUGCCAUUCCAUCAUGGAGCACCACCACUUUGACCAGUGCCUGAUGAUUCUCAACACCCCGGGCAAUCAGAUCCUCAGUGGCCUCUCCAUUGAAGAAUACAAGACCACGCUGAAAAUAAUCAAACAAGCUAUUUUAGCUACAGACCUAGCGCUGUACAUCAAGAGGCGAGGAGAAUUUUUUGAACUUAUAAGAAAAAAUCAAUUCAAUUUGGAAGAUCCCCAUCAAAAGGAGUUAUUUUUAGCGAUGCUGAUGACAGCUUGUGACCUUUCUGCGAUCACAAAACCCUGGCCUAUUCAACAACGGAUAGCAGAACUUGUAGCGAGUGAAUUUUUUGACCAAGGAGACAAAGAGAGAAAAGAACUCAACAUCGAGCCUGCGGACCUCAUGAACAGGGAGAAGAAAAACAAAAUCCCCAGUAUGCAAGUUGGGUUCAUAGAUGCCAUCUGCUUGCAACUAUAUGAGGCCUUGACCCAGGUAUCACAGGACUGCUUCCCUUUGUUGGACGGCUGCAGAAAGAACAGGCAAAAAUGGCAGGCUCUCGCCGAACAGCAGGAGAAGACCCUGGUGAAUGGGGAAAGCAGCCAGGCCAAGCGGACCUGAGGGCCUGGACCGCGCAGCAGGCCUCAUCUUGCUCGCCACGACACACAUUGGGCGUCUACAUACCACUGCUGCAUCUCCCAUUUGCACAGGUUUUGAGAGCAUAGCACGGAGUGUUCACAGGGGACUAUUUUUCUAUUUCUUUGAUGCCACUAACCUGCCAUGAUGAGCGAGCCCCACCCUGAGCACCCAGACGAGCGCGUCUCUCAUGCACUGCAGGGUGCUAUUUGCUUGGGGUUUUUAAAUGGUUGGUUUUGUGUUUUCUGCUUUACUAAUCUUCCAAGAAUGUUGGGAAUCUUUUUUCAAAAAUAGGCUAGCAGCAAAUAGAGUCUCUUCUGUGACACCUAAACCUUUCAAAGGAUACAGAGAAAUGCUGACUGAAUUUUAAGGGGACCAGGGCAUACUUGUCAGCGAUGUAUUAACAACCAAAAGUCUGAAGCAAGUGGAAAGUACUGGGGGGCAGUAGUGCAAAGAAAAGGGAUUAUGUAAUCAAGUUGCUGUUUUUGCUGGACAACUUUCUCAGUUCAGUGCAACCCCUCUCUUCAAAGGUAGCCCAUAAAAUCACUUGAGUCUAACCUACCUGAUAGGCGGCAGGGGCUCCUUAGGAGAAGGUCCCAUCCCUGCUUGGUGGAGGGAUGAGUGGGAUCCAGAAGUGAGUGACCUUGGGUGUCUGUAAGUGAAGAGAAACAGUCUGAUUUAGUGAAUUGCCUUUUUAAAAUAAUUUCCUCCUUAUUUUUCAUCUACUUACAAGUCAGCAGCUUAAAUGUCAACAGGAAAAAAGCUGUAAUUGGAGCAAGUGCCUGAAGGGAGCGAUGACUGCAGAUAAGGAAAGUCUUAGUUUUCUUAAUAAUAUUGGAUUAAAAAUUCAAUCAGGCUCAAAGGUAAGACAUGUUAGGCCUGAAUAAAACUUAGCAGUGUUGGUUUGUGACUGAGAAACUGUCCUAUUUUGGUUCCUAGGACUAGUCCACCCAGAAUCAUGGAUGUGACUGAGAGGUUGGUAUUUAUUUCUCUCAGUCUGUAGUGAAUUCAGAAACCAUUACCCUCUCCUUGGGGUGGGCAUGGGUUCCCACCACGUGCCCUCUAGCUCCGUCAGUACUGGACACAGAUAAGGACUGGAGUGACAGGUUCAGGAAAACCUACUCCAAACAGGCAGAGAGCUUUGGCCUUGGGGAGAGGGGGGGUGGAAUGUCAGCCUUACACAACUUUCCCAUCACUGAACGUUUUUUUUCCCAUUCCUAACUGGUUUUUCUCCUAAACUUUCCAUCUUGAAACAACACAUCUGAAUUCUUACUGUUCAGGUCAGGUGAAACAAAGAAAAGGCAAAACGUAUUAUAUUGCCACUACUGGCUAGUCUAGAAAAUGGGACAUGUAUUUGUUCUAACACUUGAAUUUUCAGGAUGUUGUUCCAUUUUGAUGUCAUACAGAUGACAUCUGUAAGGCUGCCUCUUGGUGGCACUGGUGUAUAAACUACAGACUAUCACUGAAAUUAUCUAAAUACUGGUACACAUCUCUGCAUGCAUUAAUAUAGCAAAAUCCCAUAACAUAGAAAAACUGUUUAAAGAAUAGCCGUCUUUAUAACCUGGGUUUUUUGUUUGGAUACAUUGUGAUUUUAAGCAGAUAAAGCUGUAAUCACAUACUUUAGCAGUGUGUUGAGCCUCAUAUAUAAUAUGUCACUGAGAUUUUAAAGGACACAGAUGAUGUGUGGAGGAUUUGUAUGCGUGACUUUAUUAAGAUGUAUCUAGAUUAGAAUUGUCUGGUUUAUUUUUAAUGGCUUAUUAGAGUAGACAUUAAAAAGUUAGGCAACGGUAUGCCUAUCUAAUGGCUAGAUAUUUUCAUUUAGUAAUCAUUCCAUACAUGGAUUAAUAUCUGGUAUAUGGGCACAAAUCUAAGUGUUUGUUCUUAGGAAUAUUUUCUUUCUGGUAUGUUCUCGUGUAGAAAAAAAUACAUAAAUAGUCCUCCUCACCCUACUCUAUAUGUACUUACUACCCAUAACUAGCAAGAAGUUCUCUGAUUCCGGUAAUUUGUUGUAGUUACAGCUGAGUUAACCUGAUACCAUUUUAAGCCAGGAGAAUCCCCACCUGUGAAUCUGCAGGAGCUGCGCUGUCAGGAGUCACUUUUGGGCUAAAGGCGCCCCGGAGACCACUGUCAGGCGUGGGCUGCAGCUGCUGCGCUUAGUCCCCUAGGCCUCACCUAGGCUGAAUGUGGUGGGUGUCCUGCCUAAAAAAGCAAACACACUUGCUUAAGCACAGAUGCAGAUGGCUAGUGAGCUUCAGGGCUCUCGACCGUCAUGUUCCUUAGUUAUCAAGAACAGUUUCCUUCCAUGGAUGCACUGGCGAUAAGAAAAUUAUUAACAUAUACUGGAAAUAUUGGAUUCUGGGAGGAAACUGGUCCCAGGUAUACUAGCAGCAAAGUAAGUGCCUUUCUUAGAUAAAACACAGCUUUUCGACCUGCUCCGAUUUGAUUUUCACCAGACUGUACUCCUCAGACUUUACAGGCCAUCAAGCAAUGCUGUGGCGUUUCUGACAAGGUGGAUUUGAGAGGGGGGAGUGUAAGUGGUGUCCUCUUCUGUGGACACCUGGGGUUGACGGGGGUGCAUAGAAGGCUGCCACCUCAUUUUAUGUGCUCCCUCUGCUCCACACGCCUCAGCAGGAAGUGCUGGGUAAGAUUCCAGCUUCUUAAAAUAGGGCGCUAAACUACUGGCAUUGUUUUCAUCUCUAAUGUACGUGCUACACGGUUUUCUAAGGACCUUCUUUGCCUGGAUUACUGAAAACUGAGCAGUAAACACCCUGUCUUCUUACCACUCUUAAUCACUUAAGAUGCAUAAAAGUCUACUCUGAAGGUUCCUUGUCCAUAUGCUAAGCAGGUAGGGAUGGCUCAGCAGACUAUGGUGCACAGUAUUGGACCCUUCUGCUCCACAGCAGGGGCUGAGAAAGAUUCAAACUCUCCUUCCACAUACCGCCCCAAAGCCUGUGUAACUGUGUCUUCAUGAAUGUUGUUGAAAACAGUGUAAAUAGUUGAAAAUAUAUAUAAAUUUCUAUUCCAGUUUAAGAAUGAAGCAUCACUAGCCACUGUUCAUAGCUAUUUGUAUUCUUCUACCUUUUCAAUAUAUUUGAACAAAUAUAUAGUUUCUGGCACUAUUUUUGUACUAGGAUAAAGGAGUUAUUACUAUGUAUAUUAUGUUAAGCUUUAUAAAUAUCUGUGAAUGUUGACUUUUGGCCUGGCCUUUCCUUGACCAUGAGCACCACGGCAGAUGUUGAAAUCACUUUAGAAGACUCCUACCCACCUGCGAGCCCGGUGAAGCCAACAGGCAGGCAGUUUUCCCUUGUGCAAAGUCUUCCUUGCAGUUGUGUCCUCAUGUUGCCAUGCUCUGUGAAAAUAAAAAGAAUGAACUGUAGGUAUACAGGUGUUAUGUGGUUACUAGAGGACUCUGAAUUGCAGUGUUACGAGCUAGAGAAAAACACUGGUUUUUAGCAAGCCUUUUUCCUCCCGCUCGGACAAACAAAAAUGACAGCAAACAUGCAAUGGGAGGGUAAAAAAGACUACUGCUCCACAGAGGGAAAGAACUGGGGGUGGAGAUGACAGG